UGCGCGUCCCUCUGUCGGGGCACCGGUGAAAGUCCCGCCUCCUGGGUGGGGAGGCGGGGCGGAGGCUGGAGGCACCUUCCGGGAGCGCGUGCGGGGACAAGCGGUUGCCGCGCAGCGGUCGGAGAGGCCGUGCGCCCCGGUUCCGGCCGAGGUGGGCGGAGGGCCCGGCGGGCAGCGAGCGCCGGGAGGACCGUCCCGGCCAAGUCCAGCUCGGGAGGGCGGCUGCUGGGGAAGGAGUGCGGUUUCCCAUCCUGGGAAGCCGCGCCGGCUCCCGGUGCUUCCGCUCUCUGCCCUAACUUCGCGGAGUGCAGGGGCCGGCGGCAGGCAUCUGCCCAGGAUCCGGGCGCCAAGGGGCCUUGUGGUCGCGAAGGGGUGUAGUCUCUCUCGCGGCCGCUGGGAAUGAAACGAAUGUUUGUGAUCCGGAUUACCCGCGGUGCCUUGGGGCCUUGCAGAGGGAAGUUAAAGGCUUCUUCCCACAAACUCCUUCCCUCUCGCCGUCCUCUGCCAUCUCCUUGCCCGCCGAGCCUGGACGGGGACGGGGUCAGGGUCCCCGGGUUCCUGGUAAGGUUGAAAAGCUGUAAGGCUGUGUUAAAGUGAGUGUGAAAGAAGGAAGAAUUUUGUGGAUUGCUGCCGUGUCAGUGUGGGGUGAGUCCCUGAAUCCCAGAGCCUCGCCAUGUCAGGGAAACGGAAGCGAGUGGUAUUGACAAUUAAAGAUAAGCUUGACAUAAUAAAGAAACUUGAAGACGGAGGUUCUUCCAAACAGCUGGCAGUGAUUUAUGGAAUUGGUGAGACAACUGUUCGGGAUAUAAGAAAAAAUAAAGAAAAGAUUAUAACUUAUGCAAGCAGUUCUGAUUCCACAAGUCUUCUGGCCAAGAGGAAAUCUAUGAAGCCAAGCAUGUAUGAGGAACUGGACAGAGCAAUGCUGGAAUGGUUCAAUCAACAAAGGGCAAAAGGGAAUCCCAUAUCUGGACCAAUUUGUGCAAAAAGAGCAGAAUUCUUCUUUUAUGCUCUGGGAAUGGAUGGUGAUUUUAAUCCCUCUGCUGGUUGGUUAACUCGUUUUAAGCAGCGACACAGCAUUAGAGAAAUUAACAUUAGAAAUGAAAGAUUAAAUGGAGAUGAGACUGCUGUGGUAGAUUUUUGUAACAACUUUCGAGACUUCAUUGAACAAGAGAAUCUGCAACCUGAACAAAUCUAUAAUGCAGAUGAAACUGGUCUCUUUUGGAAAUGCCUGCCUUCCAGGACUUCAGUUAACAAAGGUAAAUGCACUGUUCCUGGGCACAAGUCAGUUGAAAGAGUCACUAUCAUGUGUUGUGCCAAUGCAACGGGUUUACACAAACUUAAACUUUGUGUUGUGGGGAAAGCAAAGAAACCUCGCUCCUUCAAGUCAACUGACACCUCGAACCUGCCAGUCUCUUAUUUCAGCCAGAAAGGUGCAUGGAUGGACCUUUCCAUUUUCCGACAGUGGUUUGAUAAGAUCUUUGUGCCACAAGUUCGAGAGUACUUAAGAUCCAAAGGGCUGCAGGAAAAGGCUGUGCUCCUGUUGGAUAAUUCACCAACACAUCCAAAUGAAAACGUGCUGAGGUCAGAUGAUGGCCAAAUAUUUGCUAAAUAUUUACCACCUAAUGUGGCUUCAUUGAUCCAGCCCUCAGAUCAGGGAGUCAUUGCGACAAUGAAGAGAAACUAUCGCGCUGGUCUUCUCCAGAACAACUUGGAAGAAGGUAAUGACCUGAAGUCAUUCUGGAAGAAACUAACUCUGCUAGAUGCACUUUAUGAAAUAGCAAUGGCAUGGAAUUUAGUAAAGCCAGUUACCAUUAGCAGAGCAUGGAAGAAGAUUCUUCCUACCAUAGAGGAGAAAGAAGGCUUAGACUUUGAAGAAGAUAUUUCAGUGGCUACUGUGGCCACCAUUUUACAGCAUACCAAAGGAUUGGAAAAUGUGACUACUGAGAACAUAGAGAAAUGGCUUGAAGUGGACAGUACUGAACCAGGCUAUGAAGUGUUAACUGACAGUGAAAUCAUCAGAAGAGCACAAGGCCAGACAGAUGAAUCCAGUGAAAAUGAGGAGGAGGAAAUAGAACUGAUUCCAGAAAAACAUAUUAAUCAUGCAGCUGCUCUCCAAUGGACUGAAAAUUUAUUAGAUUAUCUAGAACAACAAGGUGAUAUGAUUCUGCCUGAUAAACUGGUGAUACGUAAACUUAGAGCCACCAUCAGAAAUAAACAGAAGAUGACAAACUCAAGUCAAUAAUGGCAUUUCAGUAUUAUCAUUGUUCUUGUAAUUGUGUUUGUAACCCUUAACCUCUCUGCAUAUGGCUAAUUUUCUUUGUGUUCUGAAUUCUCAGGCACAGUCCUGUGAAAUACUGAUGCAAAAAGGUAUCUGAAGUGGUUUGAGGAUUAUGUGCUUUGGCAUCAUCUGUGUCUCUUGUCCAUUUACAAAUAAUUGGAAGUUGAUUUUGUGUAGAUGUAAAUUACAUGUACACACAUACUCUCUUUUGUAAAUCUACAAUUAUCCCUUCCAUUUCAGUGGCAUUCCCUAAAUUUUCUAGCAAAAGUUACUGAUAACAGUGAAGAGAUCAAGAACUUUGCUGAAAUCUUGUUUGAUCUGUGAGAGCUGCCACACUAAUCUUUUCUUGUGCUAAUACUAAAUGGUUAUCUGUUUUGUGUAUCCAUCUGUACACUGAUGGAAUGAGAAAUUAUAUUUUAGAUUUCAGGGUGAUCUAUAAUAAUUCAAAAUGAAGUCCAAUAAUGAAGAAAUAAUGAUCUAUGAAUUAUAAAAAUAGCUUAGAAAUCAUACUUUUGUUCUAUCAUGUUUGGGUGGCAAGAAGGGGAGAUUUUUCUUGCAAAAUACACUAGGAAGUGAUUACUAAAUUAAUGUGAAAACUAUUGGAAAACUGAUAUAUAAAAGAGAUACUCUGAUCUAUUUGUAGAAAACUGGGAGUUGAAAAUUAUGGGUAUUUUUACAGGUUAUUUAUACAAAGGGAAUAAAUAGGCUUGUUUUAAUUGGUCUUAUGAAUUGGGUAACUAUUAUUUAUUCAUGUAAGUAUAGUACAGGUUAUGUAAUGUUACAUGUGGUGAUAGGAGCUCCCACCUUAUAGUGGGAAAACAUCUUGGGAAUUUGAAAGACUUUUUUUUUACUUUGUACUUGAAAAUGUCUAUAAUUCGAAAAAGUUUUUCAUAUUUUUAUAUGAUGAGAAGUGAAUAAAGCUUUUAUUAUUUUUAAAAAGCUGUUAAGUUGUGACCUGUUUUAUGAGGAAAGCAGAAAUAAUUAUGGAAAGUGCCAGAUUUUAAGGGAUUUUAUCAUUUAUUAUUUUGACACUUUGAAAGAGGUAUUCUUCUAGAAUUCAUUUGUCAGAAUUUUGAUAAAUUUGCUUAGUAAAUUCAAUGUUUAAUCAAGACAUUGAAAAGACUACCUAUACGAAUGUUAAUUUAAUUAGUAAUUUAAAAACGAAGGGUGUCUCUGUAUUAUUUUGGUCCUAAAUUUUUUUUAAAUUGUUUUCUAUCUGUCACUUUUUAAAGGUUUAACUUUUUCUUUGGAAUACUUGGCUUAGUAUUUUAUAGUACCUUUCUUAGAAUUCUAAAACUUCCAAAAGAUUUUUAGCUUUCCCUAAUUUCUGUUUUCUUCAUGACAUAUGUCCAGAUAUUUUAGAAAAGACUUAUCUGUGAUGAGAACUGUUUAAAAAUGAUGUUUGUUGCAUGAACUGCCUCAGUGCACAGAGGAAAAAAGCAUUACAAGUUAACAUACAUGUUGAAUCAGAUACACAUUCUACUAUAAAUUAAACGGUAUAUAAAAGGAUUUUCAGUUUUUCUAAAAUGAAAAUAUGUACUAAAAAGUUUGGAAUUUCUGUCUAGAUUUGCUCAGUUUUUAACCUUGUCAGUGAAAUUCAGCUGUACAGUUGCCACCUGGUGGUAAGGCUGACAUUACUGUUAAGCUGUGUGGUUUUAAACUUUAAUAUCUAGUAAAAGGUUCACUGGUGUGUGACCUUGA